UCCAUUUCCACCACCAACGAGUUAAGUCUCCCUCAAACAGGGGUGCGUUCCACGUCCUGACAGAGUUUGCCUUCGUUCGCGAGCCCGGUCGGACGAUCUUGAUCAUUGCUCGGAUUGCGCGAUUCAUAUUCGAAUCACGAAAACACGCCCGAUUUGUGUCAUCUUGAGUUUAUUACACUAAACAAAAAAUGGGAAGAACUCUGCCCACACCAGUGACCUGUAAAGUGUGUGGUGAUCGAUCAUAUGGGAAACAUUACGGUGUUUAUUGCUGCGAUGGUUGCUCGUGUUUUUUCAAGAGAUCUGUGCGUCGCGGCGCUUUAUUCACUUGCACAAAUAGUGAUGGAUCUUGUACCGUUGACAAAGCUAGACGAAAUUGGUGUCCACAUUGCCGUCUAAAGAAAUGCUUCUCGGUUGGUAUGAAUACAGCGGAAUCUCACAUUUAUCUUAUAUUCUUUUAUUUCGCGGUGCAGGAAGAACGAGGACCGCGUGCUCGAAAUAAUGCGCUCUCAAAUCCGCAUAAUUCUAACGUUACCUGGAAGCCUAGAAUCGAUUCAUCAACGACUUUUUGUGCACGCUUUAAUAACUCCGAGAUAUAUUUGCCUUUCAAGAACUCCACACUGAAUAAUACUCUAAUGACAAAGACAUUACGCGAGUCUGAAACCAGAGAGAAUAUUUUCUUUCCUGUCAUGUCACGCCAUGCACAGCCGACAAGGAUUAUAUCGCCCGGCACGGCUAUACAGUAUGAAAUAUCCGCGCAAAUAUUCCUGGCUGCUAUUCGGAAUGCACGUCAUCACCGAGAUUUUUCGAUACUGGAUGAGGAGGAGCAAAAUAAGAUUCUUCGUCGUGGAUGGUCCGCUCUUUUUGUUUUACGCGCAGCCACGUGGCCGAUUGAUUUAAUGAAUAUACGAGGGCAAGGUGCAACGAGUAACGACAGUGCUUCAGCCUGCAUAAUUACAACGCGCACUGCAAUCGCAAAAUUGCAACUCGACGAUGUCGAAUUGUGUAUUUUAGACACGUUUGCGCUAUGUCGUCCCGAGAUCGCCGAUACUACCAACGGUUUCCACGUAAUGUCACAAGCGAGAAAUAACGCCGUGGAAGCUCUAAUACGACAUCUUCAACAGCGAGACGAUCGCGAGAACAAACUGGCGAGGAUUCUAUUUAUUCUACCUGUUCUCACUGGAUGUUGUUCUCGAGAAUUGGCUGAGGAAUUGUUUGCACCAAUUAUCGGCGACGCAGAUCUGGAAAGAGUUAUCGCAUCUGUACGAUAAAUCUCUCGCAACAAUAAAAAUAUUUAAUCGAUACUCGCACAUUAUCAGAUCUGAUUUAAUGGAUAUUAAUCUAUAAUCUAUAUGAUAAUCAAGAUACACAAUAAAUAUAUAAUAUGGUCAAUAAGAAAUAUAAAAGUAUAUACAGAGUGAAUCAGAAUGCAUGAUUGUUUAGUGAUAGUUUUUUUUGUACUUAUUUUCACCCUAAUUUAAUUGAUCUUGUCCCUGCAGUGGCGUUUAUUUGCAGUCUACAUUAGUUGGAACAUAUGCCUGCCUUUAUUAUAUUUGGAAAAUAUUAAAAAUAUCAGAUAUAAAACAUUGUACGAUUAAUGAUUUUUUGAUUGUUGAAGAUAACUUUGUAACAUUUAUGGAACCUAUAAAAAUGUCAUCGUUAUUUUGUAGAUACAUACGUAAGGAAAUAAAAUGUUAGCUGUUACACUCAAUCAUAAUGUAAAGAAUAAAACCAAAAA